AUCAACAUGUUUAUUGCUGUCACUGAAACCACAUCACAUCGCCUCGCCUGCCACGCCUCACACACCUCCGGGCGGGGCACAGGCCGAACACCUCCUUCACUGUGUUGCGGUCUAACAAGGGUGUGCGCCUAUCAGUACACACUGUUCCUAAGGCUACACACAUCAGAAAAUGCUCAAGGUUUAAAAUCAGGAAAUAUAUAAUGAAAUAUCAGGAAAAAUCAAGAAAAAAUGUACCUUGACUUUAUCACUGCAGCCAUAUCUCAUUUUCUACCUUACCAAAUACCAGUUUCAUCCAAAAUACAUAGCAUUAAUAAAACCAAUCUACUCUUAUUAUGAAAAUUGAACUGAGGUGUGAAAAAUGAAGUGUGUAUGUUUUGUUAAAGACGGAUAUACAUUCAUUGAGUGGACUGUAUGUGGUCAAUUUUCACGUCUCUGUACAAUUUUACAAAGUACCCUAUAUGCAUUUUUUUCCCAGAUUUUUCCUGAUUUUUUUCACUAUAUAUUUCCUGAUUUUAAGUUUUCAGAAUUUUUCCCAUUUUUAUCAAUAUAUAUUUCCUGAUUUUAAGUUUUCACAAUUUUUCCCAUUUUUUUCAACAUAUAUUUCCUGAUUUUAAGUUUCCACAAUUUUUCCCAUUUUUUAAUUAUAUAUUUCCUGAUUUUAAGUUUCCACAAUUUUUCACAAUUUUUUCAUUAUAUAUUUCCUGAUUUUAAGUUUUCACAAUUUUUCACAAUUUUUUCAUUAUAUAUUUCCUGAUGUUAAGUUUUCCUGAUUGUUCCUGAUUUUUUCAAUAUAUAUUUCCUGAUUUCUCCUGAUUUUUUCCCCUGAUGGGCAGCAUUAUGCCGGUCAACAAUCACAUCGGUUCAUAAUGAGUAAUAAAACUGUCCUGAUCAUAUAAAUCACAGAUAAAUACUAUGAACACAAGUAGUCUGUCACUCAAAAAUAUUGGGGAAAAAAUGCAAGGAUCAUAGGCUGUCAAUUUGACGCUGUCAGUCUUAAGUGGGAGCUCCAAGAUAUAUAUAUAUAUUUUUUUUAUUUGAGAGACUUGCAUGAGUGUGGGGGGGAGGGGUGAAGCUCCUCUAGAGUCCUACCAGGUAAAGCGAGCAAUAAUAUACAUACUUUGUUCCAUGAUCAAUAAAUCCAAAUCAGAAGUCAACAUCCAACAAUUGAUCCCGAACUCGAAUGGAGGAAGCAAACAUUUCCGACUUGGGGGAUGGAGCCUACGACCAGCCAGACAGGAAGCUACUGUUCUACCAUUCGAGUAAAGAAGCAUGCACUCUCCCAGCCAAGUGAGCUUUAAGGGGCUUUCCACAUCAGGCAGGUCUCACAGCUCUCCCUUUACGUCUAGAUCAAUUUCUGUGUGAUUACUAAAGUUGAUCAUCUUCUAUUUUCUCUGAACUCCUUGAACAGAAAGGGCCGUCCAUCUUCUUGCUCCAAAACACAGGAGAAGGGCAGGAGAGGAUCCCACCACUGCCACCACUGUAAUACUCCUUGAUUCUACUUUUCCAUACAUUACGCAUCAGACAUCAGGCCGCUUCCACAACAAAGGUCAGGGGGCCGCCACCCUUGGAUGCUCUCAGCGGCCUAGUGUUCCUGUUUACAGAAGUGGAGGUGGAGCUAAGGCCUCAAUAAGUCCCUCCCUGAUGUCUUCAAUAUGUCUUUUGCCCUUGAGCUGUUUCCUUUACUCUAUAAAAAAUACCCUUCCUUAUCCUAACCUGAUGUCUUCAAUAUAUAUAAAAUGUACCACAGUAGCUUAAAACACUCUCCUUACUCUACCCUCCAUCGUCAAUAUGAAAAUUUGACCAAAAACAGCUGAAAAGUCAACCCUAAUCUUAUGUCGUCAAUGUGAAAAACUUUCCGAAACAGCUUAAAAAUGUUCCCUUACUCUACCCUCACAUUUUAAAUACGAAAAAAAUUACCAAUAUACAUUACUCUCCCGUUCCUUACUCUAUCUGGAUGUCGUCAACGUGAGAAAGUUACCAAAACAUCUCAUACAUACUCCUUAAUCGUUACUUUAGGAUAUGUUACUUAGGAUACAAUUAUUUUAGGAAAACCACGUUACACCUAAUUGUGACAAACCCGCCCCCAUCACAUUCCCUUCCCACGUUACUGUUUACCCUCCUUAAUCGUUACUUUAGGAUAUGUUACUUAGGAUACAAUUAUUUUAGGAGAACCACAUCACACGUAAUUGUGACAAACCCAACCUCAUCACAUUCCCUUCCCAUGUUACUGUUUAUAGUCUUCCUCCCGGCACCGACUCGGGGAAACGCGACCUCUAUGUGCAGGGCCAAGCGUUAUAGGCAACCAUCAGUCACAUAAACAGAAACAAUUUACAUAUCCACAAAACAAAUACACUACAUUGCAUUACAAAAUUCCCUGUGGUGUUCAAAAGAUGUAACUUGGAUCUUAACCCGGUAGCUGCGGGGAUCAUGUUUCUUAAAGGUCCCUCUAAGCGAGAAAUAUGAGAAAAAAUCAUCACUCACGCAAACCAUUUCAUAAUAUAUAUCAACGCAUUUGUGAUCAGUUUAUGCAUCAUCUAUUUUGGGGGGGUUUAUAUCAUGGCAAAAAUUUGGCCCAUCGCUGGAACACGGUAAAGCCACAAAUCUGGCCCAUCGCUGCUACCGGGUAACUAUAAAUGAAUCUCCUUAUCAGGGUGGGGAUGACAGUUUCUGGUUGGAAAUCGGCAAAUAUAAGAAGCCAAGUACAAUAAUCUGGUGACCUUGAUUCCCACCUUAGGCAAAACAGAGUACAAGUCACCCCUAUUCCAUGAUGGGAGCCACACAAAGCCCCAUAACAAUGUACGUAUGACACUUUGCUAACUUUAGAGGUGAGCUGAUGUUCCGCAGUAGGAAGUAUCUGAGUCCCCGGAUGAGCAACCAUGUAGAGUGGCAGUUCGUGGGAGGAAAUAAAGACUAACAUGAGAUGGCUUGGAGUUAAGGGAAGGUAUAAAGUAAAAAUGACAGAAAAUGGACUUACGAACAUGAGAUGGCUUGGAGUUAAGGGAAGGUAUAAAGUAAAAAUGACAGAAAAUGGACUUAAGAACAUGAGAUGGCUUGGAGUUAAGGGAAGGUAUGAAGUAAAAAUGACAGAAAAUGGACUAAAGAACAUGAGAUGGCUUGGUAUUAAGGGAAGGUAUGAGGUAAAAAUGACAGAAAAUGGACUAAAGAACAUGAGAUGGCUUGGUAUUAAGGGAAGGUAUGAAGUAAAAAUGACAGAAAAUGGACUUACGAACAUGAGAUGGCUUGGAGUUAAGGGAAAGUAUGAAGUAAAAAUGACAGAAAAUGGACUUAAGAACAUGAGAUGGCUUGGAGUUAAGGGAAGGUAUGAGGUAAAAAUGACAGAAAAUGGACUAAAGAACAUGAGAUGGCUUGGAGUUAAGGGAAGGCAUGAGGUAAAAAUGACAGAAAAUGGACUUACGAACAUGAGAUGGCUUGGAGUUAAGGGAAGGCAUGAGGUAAAAAUGACAGAAAAUGGACUUAAGAACAUGAGAUGGCUUGGAGUUAAGGGAAGGUAUGAUGUAAAAAUGACAGAAAAUGGACUUAAGAACAUGAGAUGGCUUGGAGUUAAGGGAAGGUAUAAAGUAAAAAUGACAGAAAAUGGACUAAAGAACAUGAGAUGGCUUGGAGUUAAGGGAAGGUAUGAGGUAAAAAUGACAGAAAAUGGACUUAAUAACAUGAGAUGGCUUGGUAUUAAGGGAAGGUAUGAGGUAAAAAUGACAGAAAAUGGACUAAAGAACAUGAGAUGGCUUGGAGUUAAGGGAAGGUAUGAAGUAAAAAUGACAGAAAAUGGACUAAAGAACAUGAGAUGGCUUGGAGUUAAGGGAAGGUAUGAAGUAAAAAUGACAGAAAAUGGACUUAAGAACAUGAGAUGGCUUGGAGUUAAGGGAAGGUAUGAAGUAAAAAUGACAGAAAAUGGACUUAAGAACAUGAGAUGGCUUGGAGUUAAGGGAAGGUAUGAAGUAAAAAUGACAGAAAAUGGACUUAAGAACAUGAGAUGGCUUGGAGUUAAGGGAAGGUAUGAAGUAAAAAUGACAGAAAAUGGACUUAAGAACAUGAGAUGGCUUGGAGUUAAGGGAAGGUAUGAAGUAAAAAUGACAGAAAAUGGACUUAAUAACAUGAGAUGGCUUGGUAUUAAGGGAAGGUAUGAGGUAAAAAUGACAGAAAAUGGACUUAAGAACAUGAGAUGGCUUGGAGUUAAGGGAAGGUAUGAGGUAAAAAUGACAGAAAAUGGACUUAAGAACAUGAGAUGGCUUGGUAUUAAGGGAAGGUAUGAGGUAAAAAUGACAGAAAAUGGACUUAAGAACAUGAGAUGGCUUGGAGUUAAGGGAAAGUAUGAGGUAAAAAUGACAGAAAAUGGACUUAAGAACAUGAGAUGGCUUGGAGUUAAGGGAAGGUAUGAGGUAAAAAUGACAGAAAAUGGACUUAAGAACAUGAGAUGGCUUGGAGUUAAGGGAAAGUAUGAGGUAAAAAUGACAGAAAAUGGACUUAAGAACAUGAGAUGGCUUGGAGUUAAGGGAAGGUAUGAUGUAAAAAUGACAGAAAAUGGACUUAAGAACAUGAGAUGGCUUGGAGUUAAGGGAAGGUAUGAAGUAAAAAUGACAGAAAAUGGACUAAAGAACAUGAGAUGGCUUGGAGUUAAGGGAAAGUAUGAGGUAAAAAUGACAGAAAAUGGACUUAAGAACAUGAGAUGGCUUGGAGUUAAGGGAAGGUAUGAGGUAAAAAUGACAGAAAAUGGACUUAAGAACAUGAGAUGGCUUGGAGUUAAGGAAAGGUAAAGUAAAAAUGACAG